AUGCUGCGGCCGGAGCCCCUCUGCCUCCUCCUCCUUCUCCUCCUGCACGCCGCCCGGGCCGCCGAGCCCGCUCCUUCGGCCGCCCCGAGCCCGCUCAACGGCACGGAGGCGGCGCGGCCGGCGGCGGCUAAGGCAAUUAGCGGCGAUAAAACGUUUCCUGGUGCCCUUAUCUUGGUUAUUUUUGCCCUUCUGGCCGAUAAAGGCCCUGCAGACCUGCGCUGUGGCGGCGCCCUCACCCUGCUCUCUCUCUGUCCCAGGUCAGAGGGACCCAGAAAUGAGCCCAAAACUCGUUCCAAGUUGAAGAAGCCCCAGCGGAAGAAGUACGGCCUCCUCUCCAGCUACGACCAGAACAUCGAGAUGGCCUCCCUCGACAGUGACGAGGACACGGUGUUUGAAACGAGGAACCUGAGGCGAUGAUGUGGGACCGGUGCCGCCGGCUGCGCAGAUGGACCAAGUCCAGCGGAAUCACCUUACCAGUGCUCGAGUUUUUAUUUUUUUAUAAUUGCUUAUGAUGACUAUUAAUUAACAGUACGAACCAUUCCACAGCUGGGGUGGGGGAAAAGGGGACCAAACCUGUUUUCUUCACGUGUGUUUUUGGGGAAAGGCGGAGCUGCCGGUUAAACGGUGCUGCGUCGGGUGCUGCUGUCGGCGCAGGAAAACGUGACUCCUGGAGGGAUGCUCAGCGUUUGAAAUCUUUCUGCUCUGGACUCAAGUGCUGUGGCUGUGUCUGCUGGCCCCUCAGUGCUCCCAUCCCUCUCCCUGCUGACCAUGGCUUCAGAUAGCAGAUGAGAGGGUUCCAUUUUCGGGCUGAUCCUCUUUCCUUCCUGCAUUAUUGGGUUGCUUCUUUGGGAGGUGUCUCUGUAAUCAACGCUGAUGUGGUGGGAGCUGGGGGAGCUCGUCUGGGGAGGGUGUGGGGUUAAUUUAGAGAGGGAAUAGCUUUGGGAAUGAGUUAAAUGUGUCAGUUUUCUUGCAGUUGCAGGGUUAGCAGGUACAGGUGACGAUUCAUGGGUUUACAGCAAAGACAUGUUUACAAAUGAAAGGUGCCUCUUGGCCCGAAGGAGCGUGUUCUCCAGGAAAGCCAUCGGUGGUGCCAUCUGUGCGUGGGGCUGCCAGUGCUGCGUUCACCAGCUCCAGCGGUGUGUUCACCAGGGAAAUGGGUCACUUCUACCAAAAUUCUGCACUUUGAGCUGCUGGCUCCCUCCGAGGUCACCCGAGGAAGAGCCAGGGCGCUGCCGCCUGAGUCGGAGAACCUUUACUGUGAUGGUGACUGGUCUCUGAGCAACUGAAGACUGGAAGAGGAGGACCCAAAGCCCCGUGAACUGUGAUUCUUGAACCAGAGAGCCCUGGCUGAGAAAUAAUCUCUUUGUGAAGGGUUCUGGAGUUCCGUUGGCGGGUACUCAGGCUGUUCCUUACAGCCCCUUGUGUCGGUAUUUAGGGUUUUUUUAUGCAUAGGACCAAAUGUGAAUGUGUUGGGAGGUCAUUGUUAGAUGGAUCUGCUGCUACAAUGGUGACAACUGCUUGCAAAGUGCUCUUGUUCAUGGUAUGUUUAGCUUUGAGGGGAGGGCCCUUCCUUGGAAACUGAGCGGGGCUGUGUCCUUCAGCCCCACUUCCACCCCAGACUGGUCUGUGCCUUUGGUAGGAGAACCCGAGGGAGUUCCCCUGCGGGUCAGGGGGUUCCCUGCGUGACCCCACCUUUUAGAUGAAGAUAGAGAUUGUCUUUGGAGUGAUGGCUCCUUUUGAUUAGCAAAUCCCCUGUCGAGAAGGGGGACAAAGCAGGGCAGAAGGGAUGGCCUUAUCAGACAGUGGGGUUUGCUGGGGGUCACCUGGGAGCUGGGGGUCUCACUGCUGCCCUGAACCCCCCGCCUGAGGGCCUGGUGUGAUCCUGGUGCUCACCUGUGCCAGGGGCUGAGCUUUCCCAGAGAAAUCCCCCCCUCCAGGUGCUGGCAGCUCUGUCUUGCACGCGUGCAAAAGAAUUUUUAAAUAUAUAUAUAAAAAAAUAUAUAUAUUUUUAGUAAUGCUGUCAUGUGACCACAGCACUUUGGAUGUGCCCUAAUUUCAUAUCAUUUAUAUCCUUUUCAUGCCUCUUUGAGGUGCUGGCUGCGUGUGGGGCUGAGGGGGAGAUGAAAGCGUUCGCCGCCGUCCUCGGUGGGAGCAGCCGGUGCUGCCCCCGGGGUGGGGGGAGCUGGGCUGUGGGAUUCCUGGUCCCGUGUCUUCCCUGAUCCCGCACCAGCAGGUCCCUGCACACCCCCAUAACUUUCUCUGCCUCUUCAAGCCCCCCCUGCAAAGCUGUUCUUUGCUCUGGAGGCCGGGGUACCCUGGCUGCAGCUCAGUCCUGGCCCAGCGCUUCCCCCGACACAUUCCUCAGCCUUUCUUUGUCCGAGACAAUUAACUCGGUCACUCUCCAGGCUCUGCUCUUCCUCGGACAGAUGGGUUCUGCAGUUUUGAAGUUUCCUCGCUUUGCAGGAGCGGGUGAUUAUAUAUUUUUUUUUUUUUAAUGUUAACAGUUGAAUGAUUUUGAUCAAAGAGGGGACCUCAAGCCCCAGGCCCUGCCAUGAAAAUAAUUUUGAUAGAAUUUGAUUUUGCUGUAAUAGGUAUUUCGAAUUUGAGCAGGGGAAGAUGUGGAGGGACACAGGCAGAGCACGUAACGAGGUCCCUGCCCUGGUACUGUGGAGGCAAAUGAUAAUUAAGUUGAGGGCCCCGGAGGGUUUGCCAGCCCGGUGUCUGUAUGCCAUGUUCAUGUUUUCAGAGCCUUUCUGCUGGUGUCCUUAAAGGGGGGUGGGUUUCAUCAUGUGGGGAAUAAAAACACGAUUGUGGGGCUGUA